AUGACGACCACAAUGACGAACGGCGACUUGAACAAUACAGCAGCGGAACGUGUCCGAACAGAAAUCACUAUAGAUCCAACAUAUCACAACCGCUCCCUAGCCAUCCCUGCCAGUGAAGACGACCCUACAAUUCGAAAAAGCUAUCGGCCAUUCAUUCUCGACGAUGAGACAACAUCAUCCGACUGGGUCUCCCAGGUCGAACUCAGCACGGCAUUGAAGAUGGUGGAGGCGCAAAUCCUGAACAGUGGCGAUGAGCGGUUGAAGGUUCUCGUGCUCCAUGGGAGCAUGCGGUCACGGUCCUACUCACGUCUACUGGCAUUCGAGGCUAGUCGAAUUUUGUUCCGCCUAGGCUGUGACGUACGCAUGUACGAUCCUACUGGGCUGCCAAUGAAGGACGACGUUCAGCACGCGCACGAGAAAGUCGUUGAACUACGGGAGCUCUCGAAAUGGUCAGAUGGACACAUCUGGAUCAGUCCGGAACAGCAUGGGAAUCUGACUGCCGUCUUCAAGAAUCAGAUCGAUUGGGUCCCACUAUCAACAGGCUCAGUCCGACCAACCCAAGGACGCACCUUGGCCAUCGCGCAAGUUUCCGGGGGCUCUCAAUCGUUCAACACAGUCAACUCGUUACGGAUCCUUGGGCGGUGGAUGCGUAUGUUUGCCAUCCCAAACCAGAGCAGUAUCCCGAUGGCGUACAAGCAAUUCACAGAAGAAGAUGACGUCGAAGGGGGGAGUAGACUUAUGCCGAGUGGCAACAGAGACAGACUCGUUGACGUGUUGGAGGAGUUUGUAAAGUACACGAUUGUCAUGCGGCCACAUUUCGAUCUUUUCGGGGAUAGGUUUAGUGAAAGGGAAGAGAAGCGGGCAAAGGACGAGAAGGCGAGGCUUGCAAAGGCUGGGAACUCCGAUAAGAUGUAA